UUUUCAUUAAAGAAAAAAAUUUUUUUUUCGUUUUUCAGAAUCUCAAAUAUGGAGAAAAUUAUGGCGUGUAAAUCAAUUUAAAAAAAACUCAAUUCCGGAUAAGAAAAUUUCUAAAAAAUCUUUAUUGUCAGUGGGUUUUCAUGAAGGACCUAGUUAUCAUAUGGAAUUACAUCCAUCUGGAGUUCAUAUAUCUAAGUGUGUGCACUAUGUCAAAAUGCAACGUGCUAACAAGGAACGAAGAAAUAAAGUAUUCAACGCCUGGGGUGGAAAGCGGAAUUCGAUUCCAUUUAAACUAGAUCCAAAAAUACGCCGGCCUUCACGGAUGCCAUUCAACAGUUGGGGUGGAAAACGUCAAGUUGAUUAUUAUCAAGAUAACGCGGAAGAUUUAAAUAAAAAAGGCAUCAAUGUUGCGGAUCCUGGAGUUAAAAAACCGUUUAACAGUUGGGGCGGAAAAAGAAGUUUCGGGCAUUAUUAUCAUUUGUAUUCUUCUGAUAAACCUGUCUAA